GAUUUCAAAUUCAGAGGGAUCCCACUCGGACCUGGGGAGGACCUGAUUCUUCUGAGUUUUGGAACCCUAGCUCUCCCACUGGUCCCAGCGCUUCCUGCCAGAGGCUGCCAGAGCAAGCGACUUUCGUCUUGCACAUUGUUUCGCAGCAAGGCAGCAUGGAGGUCGCAGCACAUUGGGUAGCAUCGCCCUGCCUGCGUGCAAGCACCAGCAGGAGGACGAGUGGUUCACCUGUAGCUGCAGGCACGGAGUCAACGCCAGCUGCGGCAUUUCACUUGUCGAGGCCCACAACAUCAGCAUUGGCAGGUGACCGCGGGCGGUUCUCGCAGUACAAUGCAGAGCCUCUUCGCCCCUGGGCCUCGGCGCUGCCCUUCCCUGCAUCCUUCUCCAGGUCGCCGCUAGCUGGCAGAGGCUGGCACUGCAAUGCGGCAUCUGCGGCAGGGGAAGAGGCUGGGCCAGCAGACAUCCAAGGGCAACUGAGCGCAGCAAGUUUCAGAUCUGAGGACGAUACAGACCCCCUUUUGGUAGCUUCUGACGCAGUGGGAGGCCCCCGCAUCAUUCACCAGAACAUCGGAGGCCCCCUGCAAGAAGAGUGCCCCCCGGCCACUUCCAAUGGGCAUGCUGGGGGUCAAGGGGUUUCUCCUGAGGGUGCACUCGCAGAGCCAGGGCCGGAAGCUGCAACAGUCAGCGGGCGAGAAGGGGACCUGACCGCCAGCAUCCUGGCUGAGAUUCGCCAGCUGGCCCUGCCCGCCCUCGGCUCCUGUUUGGCGGAUCCCCUGAUGAGUUUGAUAGACAGCUGCUGCGUGGGCCAGAUUGGGUCCGUCCAACUCGCCUCACUCGGCCCCAACACCGCCAUCUUCAACUUCGUCUUUCAGGUGUUUGGUUUCCUCGGCAUCUCCACCACCAGCAUGCUGGCAUCCCUCAGCGCCAGUGGCAGCGGGACCCCCGCAGCUGCGCAACACAAGGCUGCGCGUACCUUGAGUGUGGCCCUCACUCUGGCGCUCCUGCUGGGUGUGCUGGCGCUGGUUGUCCUGGAGUGGCAGGGGGUGGCCCUGCUGCGCGCCAUGGGCGCAUCCCCCGAGCUGCUGGGGCCCGGCCUGGCCUACCUGCGCAUCCGUGCGCUCUCAGCGCCUGCGGUGCUGGUUCUGGUGGUGGGCCAGGGCGCCUGCCUGGGCUGCCAGGACGCGCGCACACCGCUGUUCAUCUUCCUUGGCGCGGGCCUGCUCAACGUGGUGGGCGACAUCCUGCUCACGCUGCACUGGCGCUGGGGAGUGCGCGGUGCAGCAUGGGCCACCGUGGUUGCGCAGUACUGCGGCGCGGCCGUCUUCCUCUACACUCUGGCCGACAGGCUGCCUCUGCUGCCCGCCCCUACUGCGGGGGCCAUCCCCUCGCCAGACCAGGCGUCCUCUUCGCCUGCGGACCCUCGGGCAGGCGUUGCACCAGGGGGUCGGACCAAAGGAGCUCCCCGGCGCGUGCGGCGAGUGGGUCCCCCUUUCCGCCUUCAGUGGGGCGCCUGGCCGUCUGAUGAGGAAAUGCGUGCACUGGCGGGGGUCGGGGGAACGCUGGUGAUGCGCAGCUUGUGUGGCAUGGUGGUGUACACCCUGCUUGCCUACGCGGCCACUUCGCUGGGCACGCUGCACAUCGCCGCCCACCAGGUGUCCAUGCAGCUCUUCUGGUUCCUGUCGUACUUCCCGGAGCCCCUGUCCAUCAGCGCGCAGUCUCUGGUGGCCCGCGACCUCGCUGCCGAGCCGCAGCGGGCGCGGGCCAUGGCGCGCAUGUUGCUGUGGGCCGGCUGUGGCAUCGGGCUGGUGCUGGGGGUGGUCGUGUGGGCUGUGCCCCGCGUGUGGGGCCACGUGCUGGCCGCCGACGUGGCGGUGCGUCGCGGCGUGGUGGCCGUGUCGGCGCAGAACGCGGUGUGCAGCUGGCUGUGCGCGCUGGCCGUCGUGCUGGACGGGGUCGCCAUCGGAUCAGGUGACUACGGCUACAUGCCCCGCAUGCAGUUCUUGAACAUGCUGGGCGUUGGCGCCGCCCUGCGCACGGCGUGGGCCGCGGGAUGGGGCCUGCCCGGCGUCUGGCACUGCCUGACGCUCUUCUUCGUGCUGCGCAUCGCGUACCACGCCGUCCACAUUGCCAACAACAGAAAGACCCACGUACUCGGCUGGUGAUCUACACAGUUGCCGUCAUUCAACGGCUACCACUGGAAGUGGAAACUUGCAUCUGACAAGUUGAUCGUUCGGACAUCGACCUUGGCGACCCCAAAAGUUUUGCGAUGAUAUUAAAUGCACGUUUUCCGCUGACAAACAGCUGAGACUAACCAUGCCUGCGAAUUUUUGUGAUUUACUUGUAACAGUAGUUAGCGCUCAUAGUUGUAAAGGAGACAGAGCUCGCAUGGAUGCGCCCAGCAAGCCGGUAAUUCAAAGUUCAGGAUCAGCUCAUCCUCUGUGUUGUCAAGGGUUGCCGUUAGUUAGCCUGAGGCUGGUCUUUAGUGAACCUGCACGCCAAUCAAGUCUUAUUAGCCCUAGAUUUUGUGUGGCUGGUGUGGUGCAACGUGUUUGACUGGAUCUGAAACACUCGUAGCUUCAUAGUAGGUUUAUUGGCACGCAG